AUGGGCAAGUGCGGCGAGAAGUUCCUCACGCUGGAGGGUCUCAAGAUGGCCUUCAACGUCUUCUGCUGCGUCUACGGUGUUGGAACGCUUGGUAUGCCCGGUAACUUCUCGCGUGCCGGUCCCGUGCUCGCCGUCAUUGCUAUGCUCUUCAUGGCCUUCGCCAACGUCUACGCGUCCGUGGCCAUUUGUCGCGUCAUGCUGCUGGCGCCCAAGUCCGUCAAGACCUACGGUGGCCUGGGUCACUGGUGCAUGGGCAAGUGGGGCCACUGGCUCGCCGUUGUGGCUCAGAUGGCCUCGUGUCUGCUGGUCCCGUGCGUAUUCCUCGUACUCGGCGGCUCACUGCUCAAUGGACUCUCCCCGGACGCUUUCAGUGACUCUGUGUGGAUCAUCUUCAUGGCGCUCAUGUGCCUGCCGGUCUGCCUCAUCCCCACGCUCAAGGAAGGAGCUGGGGCUGCCUUCGCUGGUUGUGCCGGUACCGUGAUCGCUGAUAUCAUCGGCGUGUCGGUGGUGCUCUACGGCAUGCGCGGCCACCCGUCGGUGCCGUCGCCGGAUCUUAGCUUCUCGCAGGUCGUCGCUAGCCUACGGCGCUGCGAGCCCAAGCGCAUGCCACGCGUGGUCUUCUUCACCAUCACGUUGAUUUCGUGCCUCUUCCUGAUCCUGGCCAGCACGGCGUACUCGGCUGUGGGCUGUCAGAUCUCGGGCAACCUGCUGUUCACUAUCUACCCGGACGCCGACACAGGCAUGACCACGCUCGGCUUUAAGUCGGACUGGGGCGCCGUCGUGCUUGCCUACCUGUUCAUGCAGCUGCACAUUACCAUCGCGUUUUCGGUGCUGCUGAACCCGGUGUUCUACCUGGCGGAGCGUCUUGCCUUGGGCAUGCACAAGAAGUCCCAGAGCGACAUUGAGAGCGGUCUCACGUACGCCGACAUGAGCACUCCCGCCAAGGAAUCAGUUGUGAACGCGUCGGCCAACCCAUCCGAGCGCCGGUCCGGAAUGUCGUACAUCUCGGUGGCAGACGCCGAGAACCCGCACUUCGGCGAUGCUGAAGCGGAGGCGGCAGAGUACCGCGGCAGUAACACGAUCAAGUACGUCCUGAUGCGCAUGGCGAUCAUCGUGGUGCUCGUGAUCCUGUCCAUCGUGCUGAAGGACCACUUCUCCGACCUGUCGGACUUCGUGGGCGCGUCCUGCAUCUCGCUCAACAGCAUCAUCCUGCCGAUCGUGUUCCUGCUCAAGAAGUGCUGGAACACGAUCCCCAUGUACGAGAAGGUCCCCGCUGUCAUUGUGGUGGUGAUCUGCACCAUCUUGGGCUGCUACGUGACGUACACGUCGGGCAAGACGCUGUUCGCUCCGACGGACUCGGACGUGUCGUUCCCGUACUGCGACUCGGAGUACGAGAACACGGUCUACUACAACUACACCGCCGUCCACGGAUAA